UUCUCUUCUCUUCUCUUCUCUUCUCCACUGCUACGGCUGCCCUUCCCCUCGCCAUGGACUGCAAGUGGCUCGACCUCGACCUCAACCUCAGCUCCCUCCACGACCCUCCGGCCAAGUGCGGCGCCGACGACGCCGACCGCCCCGCGGCGAAGCAGGUGAAGGAGCUGGAGGCGGAGCUGGGCCGAAUCUCCGACGAGAACAAGCGCCUCAAGGAGAUGCUCGCCUCGGUGGCCGCCAACUACAGCGCGCUGCAGGGGCAGCUAGCGGAGCUCUCCACCAAGGCCUCCUCCUCCUCCGAAGCCAAGCGGAGGCGAAACGCCGUCGCCGAGUGCUGCACCUCCAGCGAGGAGGAAGAGGACUCCGGCGGCAAGCGCGCCAGAGCAGAAUCCUGCAAGCCGCUGCUCUCCAAGCGCUACGUCCGCACUGACCCGUCCGAUUCCAGCUUGGUGGUGAAAGAUGGGUAUCAAUGGAGGAAAUACGGGCAGAAAGUGACGAGAGAUAACCCCUGUCCCAGAGCUUACUUCAGAUGCUCCUUCGCUCCAUCUUGCCCUGUCAAGAAGAAGGUGCAGAGGAGCCCAGAGGACACGUCCCUGCUGGUGGCCACCUACGAGGGCGAGCACAACCACGGCGGCCAAGCUUCUAACUCCGCGUCCAGCUGCGGCGCCAUCAGCUCGGCCCACGAGCGGACCCCUCCUCCUCUUCCUUCUCCGACGCCGAGCAAGAUGAUGCUGGAGUUUGGGCCGGUGAGACUGCAGCAGAAGUCGGAGUCGCCGCCGGAGCUCCCCCGGAGCCUGGUGGAGCAAAUGGCGGCGUCGCUGACCAACGACCCAACCUUCAAGGCCGCCGUCGCCGCGGCCAUCUCCGGGAGGAUGUUCCAGCCGCCGCCGCCGCCUCCAAUGUGAUUCUUCUUCUAUUUCAAUUAUUUUUCAUCGAAAAAGACAGAUUUAGAUGAUCGCGGAGAGAGCGAUCGAGAUGGUGUUGUGAAUACGAAUCUGCCGGCCGGCAAGAACUAGGAUUUAGAUUUUGGAGCGAUGCAAUUCGAGUUCACAAGAAUUAUGAUCAUGGCAAAAUUCGAUUUCCCUUUUAGUGGAAAUAUGGAAAUUAUAAUAGAUUCUGAUACAAUUUUAGUAGAAUUAAUUAAUUGGAACAAAGUAUGACAAUUGGACAAGUACAGAGAUCUGGGAAGCUUCCUUCCUCUUGCCACCAUAUCUAAGACUAGAUUGGCGGCUGCUCACGACAAGUUUGCAAAAAGUCAACGAACCGAGUCUGCCGUCAAACACGUGUGGUUGGAUUUCUGGUCAAGCAGCUGGUUUUGGUCCCACUGAUUUGGGAAAAAGUAGAUUCAUUGUAUUUGUAUUCUGUAUUUUGAAAUAAUAAGCGAAUGCCCUGUAUGUGGAAAUUGGAAUGAUGAAAAAAUAUUGAUAAAAA